CGGGGGCGUAGACGUAGCCGGGGGUUUAUUGAUGUUUACCAAGCUGACGUUUGUUGUAACCUCAAUGUUUCGACUAAAAACAAUGUUUUGAUAAAACCGUUUACAAUUUAGGACUGUUUAUAGAUUAAGGGGCGAACAAUGGGCCCGAGCAAGACACAGUACGCGCUGAUCUACAACGAGUACGAGUACAGGCCGAAUUUGCGCGUAUCGUUCACAAAGGUGAUUGUGCUGGUGAUGUGUUUUCCCCUGCUCGCUUUCCUGUUUUGUAUCAUCUACUCUGUGAUUUUUAACUUUGAAAAUGCCACGUACACGCACUGCCAAGUCUACAAUGCGCUGCCUUCGAUAUCCGCCGCGAUAGGAAACUUUUCGCCCCAGAGGGAGAUCUGGCAGACUGCCAUGACUCUGCAGCUGUUUCCCAGGAUUCUGGUGGCGAGAGAGUACUUGAACCAUCACCACAAGAUGCUGCACUCGAAGAACAUGUGGAUGGGCUAUUUGGCCUUUAUCCUGAACAUUGUGGAGAAUAUUUCCUUGAUAACUUUGUCGUUUUUUACUUCUUCCAAGUUUUAUGCUGUACAUGAAAAGGCCUUUGUCACGUUCAUUUUGGUGUCCGAAAUCUACAUGCUGCUGAUCUGUAUUGUGCAGAGCAGAUAUAAACGCCCCCUCAGGCUUAGCUUGCUCUGGAAGAAGCGCUGUAUGAUCGCCAAUGUUGUCUUCAUUUCUCUGGCUGUGUACUUUUUUAUGCGACACAAUUCGAUGUGUGAACCUUAUGUGUACUCGAUGUUUGCUGUCUCAGAAUACAUUGUGGUGCUCUCCAACAUCGCGUUCCAUUUCACUGCUUAUUUGGACUUUCACGAGAAAGACCUGGUCAUCUUCAAGCAUGGUUUCGCCGUCACCGACAGAUAAUAUUUGGUCAUUUAGCUAGUAAUUUAAUUUAUUUCCAAUUUUUCCGUGUGAAAAAUCUACCUCAAAUUCUGGCUGUGCAAGCAAGUAGUUCUCAGCAAUUUUCCACAGACGAAUUAUUUGCGUUGGGGCGGAUUUUUCACAUCUGGUAAGCCAUUUAAAUGCGCGUUGUUUUAUUUCGAGACCGACCGUCUUCCCGAUUCAUUCCAAAAUCGCCACUCUUGAUUCAGUUUUUGCAUCAAACACAGGGUAUUAGAUUGUUUUUUGUGAACUUUGAACACUUGAAAGAUUUGGUUUCUGUUUUUUUCUAUGCGGAAUGUGAUACAAAUAUAAUAAUUAACUCUUUACGUGUUAAACAGGGUGUCUGUAAAAUGUAUGGAGAAAAAUUCCUCCUGUUCUGUUUAAUCGAAAAGUGUGCUAUGGCAAAGAAAUUGCGGAAGGAUUUUGUGCAGGCGUUUUGCAGACAGCCUGUAUAAAAACAAUCCUGUACAGAGCGGCCACCGCAAAAUAUUUGGAGCCUUAAUUCGGAUGGGUUUUAUCCGAUUUGCAUACAUGCAAAAAUGCAACAUAAAUGCAUGUUAAGCACUGACCGACGAGGCUCAUAAAUAAACAAAGUGGGGAAGUAUCUACAGGGUGUCUGGAAAUUACUGUGCAAUACCGCAACUGUGCUUACUUAUUUUCACACUUUAAAGCUCGAUAUUUCCAAUACUAUUCUGCGGGGGUUUUCGACCAAGUGGCCUUUUUUGCUCACAACUGAUAAGGGAAGAAACGAAGCAAUCCCAAUCGCCGAUAUACUUGGUGAGCGAAAAGUUACAGUCAAUUGAAGGGGGAUCUACCUUAACUCGUAUGUUACAUGCUUCGAGUCUAGUCAAUUUUAUUCAAAAAAAAAUUGCAAAAACCAAUUUAACGCCCUGCAUUUUCAAAACUAAGCACUUGGGAGCCCAUGUUUAUAUAAAAAACUUCGAGUUUUUGUCUCCGUUAAGGUAUUUCAAGCAAAUUGCUAGCCACCCUGUAAAUGUUUUUGUAUAUUUUGCACUGUACAUAAUAUUCUAUCUCUGCACUUCUCUAUAACUGUUCAACGGAUGGAGUUUUGGUGGUAAACUUAUUGUAACUACUUAAUAAUUAUUAAUAAUCUCCUCAGGCGAAUUUAGGUUUUUGCGCCGGGUUAUUGAGGAUAAUUAAGUGAAAGCGGCGCUUUUAUCUAAGAAAAACGCGGAUGUUUCGAUGCUCUCAAGACUGACGAAUUUAACCGAUUUUAACCCGCAGGUGUCCUUCCAUUCACAAUGAGAUUUUAAUCGGUUUGCAAGCAAACUUAUAAUUCUGUUUAUAGGCUACAUUUACUCUUAAAAAAACCCAACGGAUUGAUAAAUUUCUUCUCGGUUCUUAUAAUGUUAUUUACAAAUAACUGAGUUAUUUUGUAUUUUUUUUCACCCACUUGUUAUAAAAUCGAUACUCGACGGUAUUAACCAUGUGAUUUAGUUGUUUUUUGUUAAGUUUUAACUUUGUACUCUAAAAAAGCCUGCAGGUCCAUAUCAAAGGGCGCAACGACCGUUACUUAACACAUACGCUGCAUAUAACGCCCCGCUCUGAAACGCCCAUUAUUUGUAUGCGACAAACAUUGAAUAAAUAUUUUAUUAGUCAUAAAACUGAUCAA